CAAAAAAAAAAAAAAAACACACCCAACACAACUUUUUAUAAAAAAAAGAAAAAAUGGUUAGGGUUUGACCCGAAAUCGCACAAUCGCGUGCGACCCACACAGUGGAAUCCCACACACCGAUCCGGACAACAACAGCAGCAGCAGUAUCAUCAUCAUCAUCAUCGACUUCUUCGUUUCACUCCUCUUCUCUCCGGGUUUUUCCGGUCCACGUUCGCGAUUUUAUAGAGAGAGAAAAAUCGAGGCCACUUAGAGAGAGAAAGCAAUGGUGGAUGCACGCUGAGGCGUUUUUACGCGGAGGGAAAACCGAAAGAUUCUCUUAUUCUCUGUGUUGCUUGAAUUUUGGAGGGAUUUGGGGUUUUCUUUUUUCCUUUUGUGGGGUCUCCUUUUUUUUCUCUUUCUUUUUUUCCCAAAAUUGAAUUGGGUUUAUUUUAUUCUGGGAUUUUGUAGUGAGAGUGAUCUGAUUUGGGGGGGUUUUUUCGCUGGCACGUGUGUCAUUGAAAUUGUGAGAGAGUUUGCAUGCAGUCCGGUGGGGGGCCCGGCCGGAACCCCGGAGUGGGGCGGGCGGUGACGUCGUCGGCCGCGGCGUCGCCGACUUCUUCGUCUUCGGCCUCGCAGUUGGGGUUGGACUCUAUGCAGCAGCAGCAGCAGCAACAGCAGAUGGGUUCUAGGCAGUCAUUUCAACAGCAACUGCUCAGAAAACCCGAAGGGAAUGAAGCAUUUUUAGCUUAUCAAGCAGGGCUUCAAGGGGUAUUUGGGAGUAACAAUUUCUCAUCUCCUAAUGCCAUGCAACUGCCUCAGCAGUCUCGGAAAUUGCAUCUUGGUUCCAACCAAGAAACCCAGCUAAGGGGUCAAGGUAUUGAGCAGCAAAUGCUAAAUCCUGUCCAUCAAGCAUACCUUCAAUAUGCACUACAGGCUGCACAACAAAAGUCUACUCUGGGAAUUCAGUCACAGCAGCAAACUAAAAUGGGAAUGUUGGGCUCUGCAUCUCAGAAGGAACAGGAGAUGAGAAUGGGAAAUUUGAAAAUGCAGGAAAUUCUGUCUAUGCAGGCCGCGAAUCAAGCUCAAGGAUCAUCCUCCAGGAAUUCAUCUGAGCUUGUUUCUCGUGGGGACAAGCAAAUGGAUCAAGGACAGCAAAUAGCACCUGAUCAGAAGAGUGAAGGAAAGCCUUCAACCCAGGGACCACCGACUGUUGGAAAUUUAAUUCCAGGGAAUAUGAUAAGACCCAUGCAAACACCAGAAGCACAGCAGGGCAUCCAAAAUGUUGUAAACACUCAGAUUGCAGUAUCUGCACAAUUGCAGGCUAUGCAGGCAUGGGCACGGGAGCGUAAUAUUGAUUUAUCACAUCCUGCAAAUGCGCACCUAAUGGCACAGCUCAUUCCACUGAUGCAGUCAAGGAUGGUCUCACAAUCUAAGGUCAAUGAGAGCAACAUUGGUACUCAGUCAUCACCUGUUCCAGUUUCAAAGCAGCAGGUUACUUCUCCAGCAGUUGCAAGCGAGAGUUCAGCACAUGCCAAUUCAUCGAGUGACAUGUCUGGGCAGUCAGGUUCUUCAAAAGCCAGGCAGACAGUUCCACCCAGCCAUCUUGGCUCAACAACAAAUGCUGGUAUGGCUGGUAACUCCAGUGACAUGGCAACACAACCAUUCAGUGUUCACGGUAGAGAGUCUCAAACCCCUCUAAGGCAGCCAGUAGCAGCUGGAUCUCGAAUGCCCGCUAUGCAUUCUCAGCAGUCUUCUGCCAACACGAACUUAGGUGCAGACCAUCCAUUGAAUGGAAAAACUUCAUCAUCUGGUCCAGAACCUCCUCAAAUGCAGUACAUCAGGCAGUUAAACCAAGGUGCUUCUCAGGCUGGAGGUCCAUCAAAUGAAGGGGGUUCAGGAAAUUUUGCCAAAUCUCAAGGACCACCAGCUCAGAUGCCUCAGCAACGAACUGGUUUUACAAAACAGCAGCUGCAUGUGCUAAAAGCUCAGAUACUAGCAUUUAGGCGGCUGAAGAAAGGGGAAGGUACGUUGCCUCAAGAACUUCUAAGGGCUAUUGUUCCUCCAUCUCUUGAGACACAGGCGCAACAGCUUAGUCAUGCUGCAGGAGGACAGAACCAAGAUAAAUCUACUGGAAAUAUUGUGGCAGAACAAGCAAGCCACAUUGAAUCCAAUGCCAAGGAGUCGCAGUCAGUCCCUGCUAUUAAUGGUCAAAGUUCUUUAAAGCAGGAAUCAUUUGCCAGAGAUGAGAAAUCCACUCUACCCCCAGUUCAUGUUCAAGCUGUUGCACCACCUGUGUCAAAGGAAUCUGUCCCAACAUUAUCUGCUGGAAAGGAAGAGCAGAAAUCAGUUGGAUCCUCUGUUAAGUCAAACCAGGACAGUGAACGUGGAAACAACACUACUCCUGUUAGAAACGAGUUAGCAUUGGAUAGGGGGAAGGCUAUUGUGUCACAGGCUCCUGUAUCUGAGACAAUGCAAAUUAAGAAACCUGCACAAACUAGCACUGUUUCUCAGCCAAAGGAUGCGGCAUCAACUAGAAAAUAUCAUGGACCUUUAUUCGAUUUUCCUUUCUUUACUAGAAAACAUGAUUCUUUUGGUUCAUCAAUGAUGCUAAAUAACAAUAAUUUGUCACUGGCAUAUGAUGUCAAGGAUCUUCUUUUUGAGGAGGGAAUGGAAGUACUUAAUAAGAAAAGGACAGAAAAUUUAAAGAAGAUUGAAGGUUUAUUGGCAGUAAACUUAGAGAGGAAAAGAAUUAGGCCAGAUCUUGUUUUGAGGCUUCAAAUCGAGGAGAAAAAGCUUCGCCUUGUAGAUCUUCAGGCACGUUUAAGGGAUGAGAUUGACCAACAGCAACAAGAGAUAAUGGCAAUGCCAGAUAGGCCAUAUCGAAAGUUUGUUAGGCUGUGUGAACGUCAGCGCAUGGAGCUUGCCAGACAAGUGCAGGCAUCUCAGAGAGCAGUAAGGGAGAAGCAACUAAAAUCAAUAUUUCAGUGGCGCAAGAAGCUGCUUGAGGCUCACUGGACCAUCCGUGAUGCCCGCACUGCCCGCAACAGGGGGGUUGCAAAAUAUCAUGAGAAGAUGUUGCGGGAGUUCUCAAAACGGAAAGAUGAUGACAGAAACAAAAGGCUGGAAGCCUUAAAAAACAAUGAUGUUGACAGAUAUAGGGAGAUGUUGCUGGAGCAGCAAACUAGCAUCCCUGGUGAUGCUGCAGAGAGAUACGCUGUUCUUUCAACUUUCUUAAGCCAGACUGAAGAGUAUCUACACAAGUUAGGAAGUAAGAUAACGGCUGCUAAAAAUCAACAGGAAGUGGAAGAAGCAGCAAAAUCUGCUGCAGCUGCUGCGAGAGUGCAGGGUCUCUCUGAAGAAGAAGUCAGAGCAGCUGCAGCUUGUGCUGGAGAGGAAGUCAUGAUUAGAAAUCGCUUUCUGGAGAUGAAUGCUCCUAGAGAGAGUUCUUCUGUUAACAAAUAUUACAACCUUGCUCAUGCUGUAAGUGAAACAGUCAUAAGACAACCAUCAAUGUUACGAGCUGGAACAUUGAGAGACUAUCAGCUUGUUGGUUUGCAAUGGAUGCUUUCUUUGUAUAACAACAAGUUAAAUGGAAUUUUGGCGGAUGAGAUGGGUCUUGGCAAAACUGUACAGGUUAUGGCUUUGAUUGCUUACUUGAUGGAGUUUAAAGGAAACUAUGGCCCCCAUCUUAUAAUAGUACCAAAUGCUGUUCUGGUUAACUGGAAGAGUGAGUUUUAUAAUUGGUUGCCGUCUGUUUCUUGCAUAUUUUAUGUUGGGAGCAAGGAUCACCGGUCAAAAUUAUUUUCCCAAGAGGUUUGUGCUAUGAAAUUUAAUGUCCUUGUGACUACUUACGAGUUCAUCAUGUAUGACCGGUCAAAACUAUCAAAAAUCGACUGGAAGUAUAUCAUAAUUGACGAAGCACAGAGAAUGAAGGAUAGAGAUUCUGUUUUAGCUCGUGAUCUUGAUAGAUAUCGUUGUCAAAGACGUCUGCUUUUGACAGGAACACCAUUACAGAAUGAUUUGAAAGAACUCUGGUCUCUCUUAAAUUUACUUCUUCCUGAAGUUUUCGAUAAUAGGAAAGCCUUUCAUGAUUGGUUCUCUAAACCAUUUCAAAAGGAAGGUCCCUCACAAAAUGUAGAGGAUGAUUGGCUUGAGACAGAGAAGAAAGUUAUUAUUAUCCAUCGACUUCAUCAGAUUCUUGAGCCUUUCAUGCUCAGGCGUCGUGUUGAAGAUGUUGAAGGUUCACUUCCGCCAAAGGUUUCCAUAGUUUUAAAAUGUAAAAUGUCAGCUGUCCAAAGUGCCAUUUAUGAUUGGGUCAAAUCGACGGGUACCCUUCGUCUUGAUCCUGAGGAUGAGAAACGCAAGCUUCAUAGGAAUCCAGCUUAUCAGGUGAAGCAAUAUAAAACUUUAAACAACAGAUGCAUGGAGCUGCGUAAGACUUGCAAUCAUCCAUUGCUUAAUUAUCCAUUCUUCAGUGACCUAUCCAAGGAUUUCAUUGUAAGAUCUUGUGGAAAAUUGUGGAUCCUGGAUAGGAUUCUCAUAAAACUUCAGAGAACUGGGCAUCGAGUUCUACUUUUCAGUACCAUGACCAAACUUCUAGACAUCUUGGAAGAAUAUCUACAGUGGCGAAGACUUGUUUACAGAAGAAUUGAUGGCACGACAAGUUUGGAAGACCGGGAAUCAGCUAUAGUGGACUUCAAUAGCCCUGAUUCCGAUUGUUUCAUCUUUCUGCUUAGUAUUCGAGCUGCUGGACGAGGGCUUAACCUUCAGUCUGCUGACACGGUUGUCAUCUAUGAUCCUGAUCCAAACCCUAAAAACGAGGAGCAGGCUGUGGCCAGAGCUCAUCGUAUUGGACAGACAAGAGAAGUCAAAGUUAUAUACAUGGAAGCUGUUGUUGACAAAAUCUCUAGUCAUCAGAAGGAGGAUGAGGUGAGAAGUGGAGGCACUGUUGAUAUGGAGGAUGAACUUGCAGGUAAGGAUCGCUAUAUUGGGUCCAUUGAGAGCCUCAUUAGGAACAAUAUUCAACAAUAUAAGAUAGAUAUGGCUGAUGAGGUUAUUAAUGCUGGACGGUUUGAUCAAAGAACGACACAUGAAGAGAGGCGAUUGACACUGGAGACAUUAUUACAUGAUGAAGAAAGGUAUCAAGAAACUGUUCAUGAUGUUCCCUCACUACAGGAGGUUAAUCGCAUGAUUGCCAGAAGUAAAGAGGAAAUUGAGCUGUUUGAUCAGAUGGAUGAUGAAUUCGAUUGGAUUGAAGAGAUGACACGAUAUGAUAAUGUGCCUAAGUGGCUUCGAGCCAAUUCAAGGGAAGUAAAUGCUGCUAUUGCUGCUCUAUCAAAAAGACCAUCAAAAAACACUUUAUUGGGUGGUAAUAUUGCCAUGGAAUCAAGUGAAAUUGGUUCUGAAAGGAAAAGGGGACGACCCAAGGGAAAAAAACAUCCUAAUUAUAAAGAGUUGGAUGAUGAAAUUUUGGAAUACUCUGAAGUAAGCUCUGAAGAAAGAAAUGGAUAUGCACAUGAAGAAGGGGAAAUAGGAGAAUUUGAUGAUGACGGGUAUAGUGUGGCUGAUGGUGCUCAGACUAUUGAUAAAGAUCAUUUGGAAGAUGGUUUGCUUGGUGAUGCUAGAUUUGAAUUUCCUCAAUCCUUAGAUAGCAACAGAAAUAAUCAGAUGGUUGAAGAAGCUGGUUCCUCGGGGUCAUCGUCAGACAGUCAAAGAUUGACGCAGGUAGUGUCACCAUCAGUCUCCUCUCAGAAAUUUGGUUCCCUCUCUGCAUUAGAUGCCCGACCAGGUUCCGUUUCAAAAAGGAUGACAGAUGAGUUAGAGGAAGGGGAAAUUGCAGUAUCUGGUGAUUCUCAUAUGGACCAUCAACAGUCUGGAAGUUGGAUUCAUGAUCGUGAGGAAGGUGAGGAUGAACAAGUACUGCAAAAACCAAAGAUUAAACGCAAACGCAGUCUUCGUGUUCGACCCCGUCAUCCCACUGAAAGACCUGAAGAAAAAUCUGGUGGUGAAAUGGCAUCUCACUUGGCAGUUCAAGCAGACCACAAAUAUCAAGCGCAGCUUAGGACUGACCCAGAAUCCAAAGCACUUGGUGACUCAAAUGCCAGCAGGCAUGAACAAAACACACCAUCAUUAAAAAAUAAACGAACUUUGCCUUCACGGAGAGUAGCCAAUACAUCUAAAUUACAUGGAUCACCGAAGUCUAGUCGAUUGAAUUGCAUGUCUUUACCUCCACAAGAUGGUGGUGAGCACUCCAGAGAAAGCUUGGAAGGCAAACCUAUUUGUGGAUCUUCAGGUCAUGGCACUAAGAUGACUGAAAUUAUCCAGAGAAGGUGCAAAAAUGUAAUUAGCAAGCUCCAAAGGAGAAUAGACAAGGAAGGCCAUGAGAUUGUACCUUUGUUAACGGAUUUGUGGAAGAGGAUUGAAAAUUCUGGAAACAGCCUAUUAGAUCUACGAAAAAUUGAUCAACGAAUUGAUAAAUUUGAGUAUAAUGGAGCAACAGAGCUUGUAUUUGAUGUGCAGUUCAUGUUGAAGAGUGCAAUGCAUUUUUAUGGUUUUUCACAUGAGGUAAGAACUGAAGCAAGGAAGGUUCACGAUCUCUUUUUUGAUAUCUUGAAAAUUGCCUUUCCUGAUACGGACUUUCGAGAUGCAAGAAGUGCACUUUCUUUCUCUGGUCAAGCUGCAACCAGUACAGUAGCAUCCCCAAGGCAAGCGCCUGUUAGCCAAAGCAAGAGGCACAGGCUGAUAAAUGAGAUGGAAACCGAGUCACACCCUUCACAGAAGUCACUGCAACGUGGAUCAGCUUCCAGUGGGGAAAACAGCAGGAUCAAAGUCCAUUUGCCACCGAGGGAAUCAAGAACCGGAAGUGGCGGCGGCGGCAGCACCAGGGAGCAACCUCAGCAGGAGGAUUCUUCACUGCUGGCUCAUCCAGGUGAACUGGUUGUAUGCAAAAAGAGAAGAAACGACAGGGAGAAAUCUCUGGCAAAACCCAAGACUGGUCCUGUUUCACCAUCUAGCAUGAGAAGUCCAGGGUCAUUGAAAGAUGCUAGAUUAACCCAACAAGCUUCCCAUGCACAAGGAUGGGCUGGGCAGCCAUCUCAACAACCGAAUGGCUCUGGUGGCUCAGUUAGCUGGGCAAACCCUGUAAAGAGGCUAAGAACAGAUUCUGGGAAGAGAAGACCAAGCCACACGUAAGGUUUUUCAGUGAUACAAGGAUGGUAAAUAAUGGACAUAUUUCUACUACUAGUUUCUGGGAAUAUUUUAGUUGCCCUUUCAUAGAUUUUUACCUACCCCCUUACUGUUAAUAUAGAUUAGGCCUUAAAAAAGUGUAUUUUACGGUUAAAAUGUAAGUUCUCCAAUUUUUUUUUCUUCUUUUGGAUAUCUGCAUCUUGUAGCUGUUGAAGCUUUCCUUAGAUGAUAGCUGAAACUUUUGUAUAGUAAGUCCAUAAAAUGCAUCUGUGGUAGGUCCUGUUUCCCUUUGUGCCAA